UGGUAGCGCGCCCUUCCCCUGUUCCCCCCGCGCCUCCCCGCGCGGCCGCGUUGCUGGGCAACGGGCGGGAGGAGCUGCCCCCGCCGCCAUGUUGAAAGCUAAGGUGCUGCUGGUGGGGCCGCGCGAGUCUGGAAAAUCGGUGUUGGCAAACUUUGUUUCGGAGAGCACAGAAGGGAUUGGCAGCUACAGCCCGACGCAAGGUGUAAGGAUCCUGGAGUAUGAGAAGCCAAACUUGAACGGUAACAGCAAGGGAGCUGGGUGUCGAUUUGAGUUGUGGGAUUGCAGUGGUGAUCAAAAGUUUGAAACAUGCUGGCCAGCUCUGAUGAAGGACUCUCAUGGCGUAAUAAUAAUCUUCAAUCCUGAGCUGCCCAGUCACCUGAAAGAAAUCGAAAUGUGGUACUCCUGUUUCGUGCAGCAGCAGCCACUGCUUGAUAGUCAGUGUCUCCUAGUUGCACAUCACAAGCCAGGCAGUGCAGGCGACACAGAAAAUCUGUCCUUGGGUAAGAAGAUGGAAAACUCAAUCUCUAACUCAAGAGCUUACCCACUGAACAAGAUAAAACUAAUACAUUCUAACUUAGAAGAUGAUCCUGAAGAUGUCCGGAUGGAAUUCAUGAAAUACUUCAAAAGCAUUAUCGCCUUCAUAGAUGAGAGCAGAGAGAGGGAAGAAAUGUCAAUUAUCUCAUAACAUUAGAAGAAAUACUGAACAGGGAAGAAAAAGGAUUAUUUUCACUUUGUAAGCUAUACUAGCCUGUGAACAGGUCCUCACAAUGAGAAUUUGCCAGCCUAUAAACACUUCAGAGAAAAUAAUGCACAAUUUGUGACUUAACCAGAAAAAAACAAGUGCUGACAUUAGAUGAACUGUGGUGCCAAAAAGAUGGCUGCACAUCCAUGAAUUUGGGUAAAUUUAGCUGCACUUUGGUUUUAUUUGGCAUCAGAGGUACAGGAAGGUAUUGUUUAAUAUGUUAGUGUGGACCAAAAGAUAAAGGUAUCGGUCAUCCCUUCCCUUCAAAAUCCCUUUUUGUAGAGGUGCUAAGAGAAGAAAGCCUGACAAAACAUAAGAUUUAUGGAGUUCUGUUGAAGCAUCAGAGUAAAGUGCUCAUGAUAGCUGUGUUCCUGGAGAAGUUCUGCUUUUGGAAGUCAGUACAAACUGAUUGGAAUAGAGAUCUGAGAAGUAGUCAUGGUGUGGAAUCCACAUUUUAAUGUUCCAAGUUCUCCAUAUCUUUCUGUCCAGCAUAUGAAGAGAGCACAUUGCAUAACUAUUGCCUUGGCAAGACAGAGUAGGUUGCAGUCUUUCUCAGGACUAGAUUUUUAUUGUGUUCCAACAAAAUCAACGUGUUGUUGGGGGACAAUGUUUAGGUCUCUCUGGGCGGAAAAGAACUGAAAUCUCAGUGUAGUGCAAUACUUUGACCUAUGUUGGGAGCUCCAGUAGAGAAAAAAAAAAGUCCUGCAUUCUCCAGAGGAGGAAAAGCUGUUUUGAAACUUGUAUUAAUGUUCCCUGUUGCAUUGAAAUAAGUGGUUUCAUAGAUAAUUUACUUCCUGAUUUGUUUGGUUUGCACUCAUCCCUGUUCUUAGUGUGUUUUGCUGUGGAAGACAUUUUUUUUGUAACAUGCAGUACUAAGGCAAUAAAAACAUUUUAAAAAUGCA